AUGGGCGAGAGGGCUAUGGAGAAUACGUGGAUGACAGACAAGCCGGAAAAAUUGAGGAGGAGAACGGAUUUUUUCACUGUUCUGGAUAGUGUCGGGGGUAUCUGGCAGGCCAUUGGGAAUUUUCCCAUGUGCUUUGGUGGUUCUGAUAAUUUAAAUAAAUUCCGCUUCAGUAAAUCCAUUCUGGGGUAUGAUGCGGUUUUGUUAUUUACGUCUUUGGGGUUCAUCACUUCCGCUUUUUUAGAGAUGAAAUUUUUGAACAGGAUGGAUUAUAUCGUAUUGGCAGUAACGUCGAUCCUUCGAGUAGUCUCAUCAAUUCUGUGUUCCCUGAUGAACAUGUUGAUGUGGAUUUUUUAUCACAAAGAUUUCAUAGAUGCUAUGGACUUUCUAGCGUCCCAGAACUUGAUUCUUCAGCAAUUGGGCUGUCGGCCGGACUAUUCAACUUGUCGCAAGAUGAUUGGGGCGUACGUUUAUGGGACGCUGACGAUAGUAGUUGGUCUGGUGAUUUAUGAUUUCUAUUAUGCUAUAAUCACCUGGGCCAGUGAAUCACCCCUGACGUUGGCCCAAUGGUUCUUCUUGAAUGUACCACCCGUCAUCCAAGUGAUGACACCCACAAUAUUCGGAUCUCUCGUCAUAAUUCUCGGUCUCCACUUUCGCGCGCUAAACGCUAAGCUGAUGGUAAUUAGAGACAGAAGUAAUUCAUCACCACCAAAGGUCGUAGAACUGUUGAACGAUUGCGCCGAGGGCGUUCGUCUCGUCGCUAAGGUCCAUUACAAUCUCUGCAAAAUAGCUAAAUUCAUCAACUGGAUAUUCAAUGGAUUUUUUGUAGUUGUCGUUGCCACUGCUUUUGUAAUUCUCAGCUCAUCUCUCUACUUCAUCUUCAACGAAGUAGUUAGACCUGAGGACACAAACUACCUCUCAAUAGGAAAUUAUGUAUGCUGGCAAAUUACCACAGCUGUUCCCAUAAUAGCCACUGUAAUCAUCUGCAAUUGGACGUCCAACGAGGCCGAACACACGGGGAAGUUAAUUCACGAAAUUCACGUCGACAGUACAGAUUCAAAACUCUACCAGAUUAUUCGUUCACUGUCUCUCCAACUCCACCACCAGAAGAUGGAAUUCUCGGGGGCCGGACUCUUCCCCAUCAACUCAUCCCUCCUGCAAACGAUGAUUGGCACCAUGACGACAUCUCUCGUUAUCCUCAUUCAGUUCCAGCCAUCGCUCGGCUGA